AUGGCUCUCAGCUUCUUUAGUAGCAGCGGGAGCGCCAGCAGCGCUAAGUACUUCGACAUUAGGUUGAAUGAUGAGUAUAUCGUAUUUCGCGGUGGUGAACAUGAGGCCGCCAGUGCGCAUCUGCGAGGCACUCUGAUCCUCUGUUUGUCGGAGCCGCUUACCAUUAAACAUAUCCGUCUCCAGCUUACGGGCAUGUCGCGAGUCUGCUGGCACCUUCCCUCCAGUGCAGCCGCCGGAGGCCGUAAGCCAUGGCGUGAACGUGUGUUUUACGAGAAGACUUGGGGGUUCCGAGACCCAGGCAAAGGAAAAACCGAGCUCCUUCCCGCAGGCAACUAUGAGUACCCUUUUGAUGUGGUACUUGAGGGCUCCAUGCCCGAGAGUGUGGAAGGUCUUGCCGAUACAUGGGUAAUGUACCGCUUCAAGGCCGAGAUCGGGCGCAAAUAUGUCAAGGACAUUGUUGCGCGCAAACCGCUCAGGAUUAUUCGAACUCUGGAUCCCAGCGCUCUGGAACUCUCACAUGCGAUGUCCGUGGACAACAUCUGGCCCAACAAGAUUGAAUACUCCAUUAGCACUCCGACGAAAGCCAUCGUCUUCGGAACCGCCAUCAAUGUUGACUUCAAACUGAUCCCGCUUCUCAAGGGUCUUCGAAUCGGUCAAAUUACAUCACAGUUGAUCGAAACUCACGACCUUACCCUCAAUCCGGAAGACCCCGAUUCCAUUCGCAACACAUACAAGGUUACGAGGACGAUUUUGACCGACGAGCAUGAAUUGGAUGAAGACAAAAUUGAGAUCAUCGAUGAAGAGGCGGAAGGAUACCAAUGCACGCGCAUCCUAGACAUGCCUCAGACAUUGACUCGCUGUCUGCAGGAUACAGACACCAAAGGGAUCAAAGUCCGCCACAAGUUGAAGUUCCGUAUUCAGCUGCACAACCCCGAUGGUCAUAUCAGCGAGCUUCGUGCUACGCUUCCGGUUUCAAUCUUCAUUUCGCCACACCUUACCAUCGACGAUAACAACAACCUGACUGGACAGACCCCUCAAUCCACCCGGAUCGCCGUGGAUGAUUUCGCACACCAGGCGCCCCCCCUUUACGGUGAGCACACGUUUGACCAGCUGUAUAGCGAGCUGGAUCCCAGCGGAUAUCGCACACCAGGCCCCGGCAGUGGUCCGGGCUCGCCAUUCACCCCUCUCAGUCGCAACAUCUCGUCCGAAAACCUUGCCUCUAUGAACGCCCUGACCAAUACCAAUAUCUCGGCUUCGGCCUUGCACUAUCGUCUCAUAAACCUGAACGCAAACCCGCGCAACUAUCCCAUCAAUACCGGUACAUCUGCUCCUAACGAGGGGCUGAUUGGAUCUCAAUCCCCGACAGAAGGACACAACAUUCACCGCCAAUUGGGUGUCCCUAAUGACUACUUCGGAGCUGUUUCCGGAUCAAACCCACACAGCCGUGGCAGUCCAGAACUCUCUCGUCGGCCAUCCGACGAAGUGGAGCCUGAAGUCCUUCCCUCGGGCAUGGCAACUCCCUUCCAUCCCCAGUACGACGAGGUGGAGACACUCAGCCGGGUUCCUAGCUACUCGACUGCAGUGCGCUGCGCCGUUCGCCCGCGUGAUUCCGAUCUUCCCGACUACAACGCCGUGAUUGCGAGCAGCCUUCCCACGAUGCCAGUCCCGCAGUCUCCCCAGCAAGCUUAUAUCCGCAGCGGCCGUGCAAGCGGGGCUGCAACUCCCUUAGAGGUGGCUAAUCGCUCCGGUUAUUUCAAUUCUCACGGCACCAAUGCUGAUGACGAGGAACGCAGACUUAGACUUGUGCAAGCUCGUGCCAGAGCAUGA